AUGAUGGCGUUCAAGGUUCAACUGCUGCCGGCAGCCGUACCAACAAAGAGAAAGAUCAUGUCGUACAUUGCACAGAUUUUUGAUCCACUUGGCCUGGUGGGACCAACAAUUGUCGUCGCCAAGCUGUUCAUGCAGCGCUUAUGGGCGCUGAAAACUGAAGCCGGAGAUCCAUAUGAGUGGGAUCGUCCUCUGCCGGCAACCCUGCAACAUGAGUGGAAGCAAUAUCAUGGCACUCUCGAUACCAUCGCUACCCUCCGCAUUUCCCGCUGUGUGUUCGUGGCAAACGCAACCUCAAUCCAAUUCCACAUUUUCUCCGAUGCUUCGCAGAAGGCUUAUGGAGCAUGCUGUUACGUCCGGUCAGAAUCCGCUGGAGUUAUUCGUAUUCAGCUGCUUACAUCCAAGUCCAAGGUUGCUCCUUUGGGCAAACCACAAACCAUCGCACGUCUGGAGCUGUGUGGAGCAGUAUUAGCGUCCAACCUCUUCAAGAAAGUUGUUAAUUAUAUACCGAAGUCCGCUGAAGUUUUCCUGUGGACAGAUUCGUCUACUGUCCUCCACUGGUUGGGGUCUCCAGCGUGCCGAUGGAAGACGUUUGUGGCUAAUCGAGUGGCCAUGAUCCAAGAAACUACACAAUCCUGCCACUGGAACCAUGUUUCCGGUGAUUCCAACCCAGCUGAUCCUCUCUCCCGUGGCGUUGAUCCUGUCGACAUCGAGCAACAUUUGCUGUGGUGGAAUGGACCAGAAUGGCUAUCCUUGCCACCAUCGGAGUGGCCAGCUAGCGAAAUGCCAUCCCACGAUCCAUGCUGGAUGUCUAAAUCCAAAACUACAGUGGCCAUGGCAGUCACUUUCGAUGCUCAAUUUUUCGAUCAGCUCUUCAGUCUGUAUUCCACCUUCACCAAACUUCGCCAAUCCGUCGCAUACUGGAUGCGAUAUUUCCGUGCGCUGAAAGCAGCCUCCGAGAAAACCACCAUCCAACCGUUCGAGUCCUUGACCUCUGUCGACUAUCACGAAGCAGACAUAGCUCUGUGUCGUCUAGCUCAACGUGAAUUAUUUCCGGAAGAAUUGUCCAACAUUCGCUCUGGGGAGCGUCUCCCAUCAUCAACACCAUUGAAAUGGUUGAAACCGAAGGUCGACAAGGAAGGCAUCAUCCGUGUCGGUGGGAGACUCGGAAAUGCCAACGUCUCUGAAGAAGUGAAGCAUCCGAUUGUUCUCUCGUCCAAACACCCUUUAUCCGCUCUGCUGGUCAUGCACUAUCACCAAGUUCUACUCCACGCUGGUCCCCAGCUGAUGCUCGCCACGAUUCGCCAGAAGUAUUGGAUCAUCGGUGGUCGGAACCUUGUUCGCCGCACGUAUCACCAGUGCCAUAAGUGCUUUCGUAUCAAACCUGUCCUGGUGCAGCAGAGUAUAGCCGAUCUACCGACAUCACGAGUCACACCGUCGAGGCCAUUCGCUAUAUGUGGGAUCGACUACUGCGGCCCCGUAUACAUCAAGUCCCCGGUUCGCAACCGGGCACCAACCAAGGCGUACAUAGCCAUUUUUGUAUGUUUCGCUACCCGUGCCGUUCACAUUGAACUCGUUUCCGAUUUGUCUACGCCGGCCUUUCUGGCCGCCCUCCGCCGUUUCGUCGCUCGUCGUGGAAGGAUGAGUGAAAUCCAUAGCGACAAUGGCACCGCCUUCAAGGGUGCAGCAAAUGAGCUACGCAGAAUCUACGAGAUGCUGAAGACUAACCAAGCCGAUCGGAAGCAGAUUCAAGACUGGUGCGCGACAAACGAAGUCGUUUGGCGGUUCAUCCCUCCCCGCGCCCCACACUUUGGCGUUUUAUGGGAGGCAGCCGUCAAAUCUGUUAAAUAUAAUAUGAUGCGCGAAAUCGGCCAUACCAACAUCAUCUAUAAGGACAUGUGUACUCUAUUGGCACAGAUAAAGAUGUACCUCAACUCCAGACCCCUAGUUCCGAUUCGAACCGACCCAGCAGAUCUAGAAGUUUUGACUCCAGGACAUUUCUUGGUCGGAACCAGCCUUCAAGCCGUCCCGGAUCGCAAUCUGUGCGACAUCCCGGACAACCGUCUGACCCACUUUGAGUUGACCCAGAAACGAUUCCAACGAAUUUGGUCCCGGUGGGUUCCCGAGUACCUCCAGCAGCUUCAAUCCCGAGCAAUGAAACGCAAACCACCAGUCACCAUUACACCAGGUACCGUGGUGGUUAUCAAGGACGACAACUUGCCACCUAUCCAAUGGCCACUCGGAAGGAUCACCAAGGUUCAUCCGGGCAAAGACGGAGUGGUUCGUGUCGUCACCCUAAGAACCCCAACAGCCGAAGCAGUCGUCCGCCCCGUCGCAAAGAUUGCGCUACUACCAAUGCCGGAACAGUAUCCGGAUUCCAUAGAAUAA